AUUUGUCUGCUGCGGUCACCAGUAAUUUGAUUCCAGAAGAACCUCCAGAGCCGAGGUUCUUCAAACACACCACGGUGAGGUAUGAUGGCUGUUCUCUCCAUCCUUCUCCUGCUGGCUCUAACAGAUGUUUCCACAGGGCUCUUCUACAAGAAACACUUUUUUUACAGUACACAACUGACCUGGACUGACGCCCAGGCGUACUGCAGAAAGAAUUAUAUCGAUCUCUCAAUUCUCGACACACAACUAGAAUUCGACAGUUUCGUCACUUUGACAGCGGCUCAACAAUCUGAAAGUUGCUGGAUCGGCCUUAAUAAAGCUCCCAGUGAGGCGCAGUUCACACAGUGGUGUGAUGGUAAAGUACUGGAUUUUAAAAAAUGGAAAAGUGGGCAACCGGACCAUACUGACACGGAACACUGUGUAGCUACCAGCAAUAAUCAGUGGGAAAAUUUUAACUGUGGCAAAAAUAUGAAGUCUUUCUGCUACACUUGGGCUCCUGAGAUGAUUGUGGUGCAGAAGAUGAUGAGCUGGGACGAGGCUUUGAUCUACUGCAGAACGCACUACACCGACCUGCUGAGCCUUACCUCAGAUACAGAUUACUUUAUGGUCAAUAGCAGAAUUACGGCUAUCCAGACUCCCACUUUCUGGACCGGUCUACGCUUCCUGAAUGGAUCAUGGUUCUGGGUGAACCAGGAGUCUCAGCUGAUCCCGCCUUCCAUGCCUUUAUGCCCUGCCAAGCCUUUCCAAUGUGGAGGGAGAAAUGUUAAGACUGGUGUCUGGGAGAAUAGAAACUGUGAGGAGAAAAUGAACUUUAUUUGCUACUUUAAUAGCAACAUUUGAAUUGACUUCAGCUAGAAGCCGUUUCACUGCAAUCAAAACCUACAGAAGACAAACAUCAGUGAAGCAGCUUGUAAUAUUGUCAACUGAAUUACAUAAAAAUUAGAACUGUUGCUCCAAUGGUUAAUAUUUACUCCUUUAAUAGUUUUUUCUCAGUUGCUUUCGAGUGUUUCUCAUUUUCAAUCAUUAUAAUCCAAACCAUAGUUUAUAUCUAAAAAACAUGACAUUCUAAUGCAUAAUAAAGUAAUAAUAAUAAUAAUAACAGUCUUGCUGAAAAGAAACUUCAGUGAACAAACAGUAGAAAUAUAAACCCAACAAUAUUUCCAAUUACUUCCUUGUUUCUGCAGAUUUCAGGUUUGUUCCCAUGUGCUUUUAUAAGUAUAUAUAAAACCUUCAAGCAAUUACUUUCCUCUGUCA